GCGAAAAACAAACAAACACUCCCAAAACCCCACUCACUCACUGAAAGACACUUAUAACAGCACAAAACUGGAUAUCAUCUAAACCUCCCUAAACCCUAAUCCCCAAAUCUCCAUCUCUCUCCUCUCUCCUCUGUCUCUCUCUAACCUCUGAGCCUCCUUCGUGACAGUGUCCAUUUCAGGCAACAGAAAUGGACCGUUGCCUGAGCCACAGCGAGGCUCUCUCCCCGAAGCUCUCAAUUUUCGGCAACUCCAAGCCCUAUUCGUCGAAACCAAACAGCUUCCGCUUCGUCAUUUCCUCAAAGAAACUCGGAGCGCGAAGCUCAUCCUUACCUGCUCUCCGCCUCCGAUCAUUUCCGCCGCAGUUCGCCACUUUCCCCAACCGUACGAGUCACCGAGUCAACUCGGUCCGGUGCGACUCGGGUAAUGGCGGAGCUGCUGCGGUGAAGGAAGGGGCGGUGCCAAAGCUGGGGAAGAGGACGGACAUUAAGAAGAUCAUGAUUCUCGGAGCCGUGCCGAUUGUGAUUAGGCAAGCUUGCGAGUUCGAUUACUUGGGGACUCAGGCGUGCAAGGCGCUGAAGGAGGACGGAUACGAGGUCAUUUUGAUCAAUUCCAACCCGGCCACGAUCAUGACCGACCCGGACUUGGCCGACAAGACUUACAUUACGCCCAUGACUCCCGAGCUGGUUGAGCAAGUGCUCGAGAAGGAGCGGCCUGACGCUCUGUUGCCGACAAUGGGAGGCCAGACGGCGCUGAAUUUGGCCGUGGCACUGGCCGAGAGCGGGACUUUGGCCAAAUACGGGGUCAAAUUGAUCGGAGCGAAGCUGGAUGCCAUCAAGAAAGCGGAGGACAGGGACUUGUUCAAGCAGGCCAUGAAGAACAUAGGUGUCAAGACGCCGCCAUCUGGGAUUGCGACUACUUUGGAGGAAUGUAUCAAAAUUGCAAAUGAGAUUGGGGAGUUUCCAUUGAUUAUCAGGCCAGCGUUUACUUUGGGAGGAACCGGAGGUGGCAUUGCUUAUAACAGAGAAGAAUUUGAGGACAUUUGUAAGGCGGGGAUUGCGGCUAGUGUGACGUCUCAGGUUUUGGUUGAGAAGUCGUUGUUGGGAUGGAAGGAGUAUGAGCUUGAGGUGAUGAGGGACUUGGCUGACAAUGUAGUGAUUAUAUGUUCCAUUGAGAAUAUUGACCCAAUGGGGGUUCAUACAGGGGAUUCGAUCACUGUGGCCCCGGCUCAGACAUUGACGGAUAAGGAGUAUCAGCGGUUGAGGGACUAUUCCAUUGCUAUCAUAAGGGAGAUUGGAGUGGAAUGUGGUGGUUCCAAUGUGCAGUUUGCGGUUAAUCCUGUCGAUGGUGAGGUUAUGGUGAUUGAGAUGAACCCGAGGGUGUCUCGGUCCUCGGCUUUGGCGUCCAAAGCUACUGGUUUUCCCAUUGCGAAAAUGGCUGCCAAGUUGUCGGUUGGGUAUUCCUUGGAUCAGAUACCUAAUGACAUUACAAAGAAAACUCCAGCUAGCUUUGAGCCUUCCAUAGAUUAUGUAGUGACCAAGAUUCCCAGGUUUGCAUUUGAAAUUCCAGGUUCACUACCAAUAUUGACUACACAAAUGAAAUCUGUUGGUGAGUCAAUGGCACUGGGUCGCACAUUUCAAGAGUCAUUUCAGAAAGCAGUUCGAUCUUUGGAAUGUGGUUUCUCUGGAUGGGGCUAUGCUAAAAUUAAGGAGCUUGACUGGGAUUGGGAACAAUUGAAGUAUAGCCUCCGAGUCCCUAACCCAGACCCCAUCCAUGUCGUAUAUGCUGCAAUGAAGAGGGGUAUGAAGGUCGAUGAUAUUCAUGACUUGAGUUUCAUUGACAAAUGGUUCCUCACACAGCUUAAGGAGCUGGUAGAUGUGGAGCAAUACCUCCUGGCUAGAAACUUAUCUGAUUUAACAAAGGAUGACUUCUACGAAGUUAAAAAAAGAGGUUUCAGUGACAAACAGAUAGCUUUUGCCACUAAAUCCUCUGAAAAAGAUGUCAGGUUGAAGAGACUAUCGUUAGGUAUUGCUCCAGCAUAUAAGCGGGUGGAUACUUGUGCUGCAAAGUUUGAGGCCAAUACUCCGUUCAUGUACUCUUCCUAUGACUAUGAGUGUGAAUCAGCUCCCACCCAAAGUAAGAAGGUUUUGAUUUUAGGUGGAGGACCAAAUCGAAUUGGCCAAGGGAUCGAGUUUGACUACUGUUGUUGCCACACGUCCUUUGCACUUUAGAAAGCAGGAUAUAAGACAAUAAUGAUGAAUUCAAAUCCUGAAACAGUAUCCACCGAUUAUGACACAAGUGACCGUCUAUAUUUUGAGCCACUAACUGUCGAAGACGUGCUGAACAUAAUUGAUUUGGAAAGACCUGAUGGCAUCAUUGUGCAGUUUGGAGGUCAAACACCGUUGAAGCUGUCACUUCCUAUUCAGCAGUAUCUAGAUGAGAACAAGCCUAAAUGUGCAAGUGGGAAUGGACAUGUACGCAUUUGGGGUACUUCACCAGCUUCCAUAGAUGCUGCUGAGGACAGGGAGAAGUUCAAUACAAUCCUUAAUGAGUUAAAGAUUGAACAACCAAAAGGAGGUAUUGCCAAGAGUGAAGCUGAUGUUGUUGCCAUUGCGAAGGACAUUGGUUACCCAAUUGUUGUUCGGCCUUCGUAUGUAUUGGGUGGCCGAGCCAUGGAGAUUGUAUAUAGUGACGAAAAACUUGCGACCUACCUCGAAAAUGCUGUUGAGAUGGACCCAGAAUGCCCUGUGUUGAUUGACAAGUAUCUGUCUGAUGCCAUUGAGAUUGAUGUCGAUGCACUUGCUGACUCUUAGGGGAAUGUUGUCAUUGGUGGGAUAAUGGAGCACAUUGAACAUGCUGGGGUCCAUUCUGGAGACUCUGCUUGCUCGAUUCCAAAAACCAUCCCUACUUCUUGCUUGGACAUAAUUAGGACAUGGACUACAAAAUUGGCCAGGAGGCUGAAUGUAUGUGGGCUGAUGAACUGUCAGUAUGCAAUUACAUUGUCUGGAGACGUUUUCUUACUUGAGGCAAACCCUCGUGCUUCCUGUACUGUCCCUUUUGUGUCAAAGGCGAUUGGGCAUCCAUUGGCAAAAUAUGUUUCUCUUGUCUUGUCUGGGAAGUCCCUGCAUGAUCUAAAUUUCACAAAAGAGGUCAUUCCUGCACAUUUAUCAAUAAAGGAAGCUGUUCUUCCAUUUGAGAAGUUCCCAGGCUGUGAUGUGUUGCUGGGGCCUGAGAUGCGUAGCACUGGGGAGGUGAUGGGUAUUGAUUACGAGUUUCCCAUUGCAUUCGCCAAGGCGCAGAUUUCUGCUGGGCAGAAGCUGCCACUUGCUAGCACAGUGUUCCUCAGCUUAAAUGAUUUGACCAAGCCUCAUCUUGAAAAGAUUGCCAAAGCCUUUUUAGGACUUGGAUUCAAGAUUGUUUCAACUUCUGGGACGGCUCAUAUUCUUGAGUUAGCAAAACUUCCAGUGGAACGAGUGCUGAAACUUCAUGAAGGGCGGCCUCAUGCCGCUGAUAUGGUUGCCAAUGCACAAAUCCAGUUAAUGGUGAUCACAAGUUCGGGUGAUGCACUCGAUCAGAUUGAUGGACGGCAACUGAGGAGGUUGGGCCUUGCUUACAAGAUUCCAGUAGUAACAACUAUUGCCGGAGCUUUGGCAACUGCAGAAGCAAUAAAGAGCCUAAAGUCUAGCACUAUUAAGAUGAUUGCACUGCAGGACUUCUUUGAGGAUGAGAACAAAGCUGGGAGUGAUAAAUUGUUGCAGACAGUCACUUCAUCCCUCUGAGCUGACCUAGAUUGUCUGGUAAGCAGUUGGGCUUCCACUUCCUCUUUUUUCGUUUUGUUUCUAAUAUACGUAUCUGGUAAUGUUGUUAUGAACAGGUUGCAGUUGAGUUAUUAUUUUUUACCAAAAUUUGGCCAAAUCCAAUUUUUUUUCCCUCCCCUUUUGUGGAAGCUGUAAUUGCAAAUUUUGGAUUAGCUAUAAUGUAGGAUUUUAAGGCAUUGGUGUGUGUAUUAUAGAUUAGUUCGAUGGUGGUACAAUCAUGGUCUGUUUGUAGGAUAGCUAUUCUGUGCUGUAUGUUAUUUCACUAUGACGUACUUUGACGCAGCUUGAUCAUCAGAAAACUUCUACAUUAUUGAGAAAGUGAAUAUUCUGAUGUACCAUACCUACAACAUGCUUCAGAUAUAAUACAGAAACCAUUCGAACUUA